ACGUCUUACCACAUCGUGCCAUCUUCCCUCGCAUUCCAUGAUGGUGAACAAGUUCUUCUUUCUUGUGAACAAGAGGAAUGCCGUCUUACAGUAUUCAGGUUACAGGUUUUGCUUGAAAACAUGACGGUAUGCGCUGCGUAGUCUCUUUCCCUUCCUUGGCAACUUGUCACUCAUGUAUCCCAGUCCAACGAUUGCUGACUUGUGAGCUCCAUAAAUGUGGGCCAUCGGGGGAUACGAUUGUUCCGCCCUGCAGGCAGUGGCAUGCCAAAAGUCUGCACAAAUCUCGCUUCAUUACUAUAAUGUGCUCUGGAAGAAUGCACAGACGUACGGAUGCCGGGGGCUCAGAGAUCAACAUAAAGGAACUUGUUGAGAGAAUGCAGGCCGUGUUACUGCGAGCUGCAGAGACAGAAGAUGCCUGGGAGCCGGCGCUGGGCGCACUACUGCCGGAAGCAGGACGGCGGGAGCGCCUUCAGAAUGAUGCUGAGUCCCUGGUCAACGAUUGUGUAGCUAGUGGUCAUGUACCCCCCCUCUUUGGCUUCCUCGUCGCUAUUAAGGAUACGAUUCAUGUGUCUGGGAUGGAAACUAGAGCGGGCAGUCUACUGCCCCCUUCCUUGUUGGCUGGGGACGAAGCUCCUGUCGUGACGGAUCUGAAGGCAGCUGGCGCGCUCAUUCUGGGCAAGGCUGCGACGUCCGAGUUCGCCCACUUUGAGCCGGCAGCCACUCGGAACCCCGUCGCGCCGGGCCAUACUCCGGGGGGUUCCAGCAGCGGACCUGCGGCGGCGGUCGCGGCCGGCCUGUGCGACAUAGCCGUAGGCACCCAGACCAUCGGCUCGAUCUCGCGCCCGGCGGCGUACUGCGGCGUUGUGGGCUUCAAGCCGUCCAAAGGCCGGAUAUCCAUCAAAGGAAUCAUUCCCUGCAGCCCUUCCAUCGACCAGGUCGGCUUCUUCACCCGCCACGUGGCGCCCCUCCGGGCGGUGUGUUCUGCAACAGUGGCGAACUGGGAGCCCACAGUCCGACUUGGAUGGUCGCCGACCGAUACCGUCGGAAGCCUCGAACCGGUCAUCUCUGAAGACCCGCAAGCAGACUUUCACGAGACAAUCAGGUCUAAGGAGACUCCGCUUAAUGCGGCCGGGGAAAGAGCGCGGGUUAAGAGGCUUGGCGUACCAGACGGGCCGUUUUUGCGGGGCUGCGAAGGCGCGGCUCUGGCGGAUUUUGAGAAGACGCUGGGAGCACUGGCGAGACACGGGUUUGAGAUUGUAAGAGUGCCCGCUUUGGAAGACAUCGCCGACAUUGACAGAGCCCAUCGGACGCUCGAGGCGUUUGAAAUUGCGGAUCUUCAUCGAGAGUGGUUCCGAGACUACGCUGCGCGGUACCGACCAAAGACUGUCGAGCUGAUCAUUCAAGGGCAGAACGUGGCCCCGAUAGAAGCUGAACGGGGUCGCCAAUCCACACUAGAACUGCGACACAGACUGGAAAGUCUCAUGGCGCAACACCGGUUGGACGGCUGGAUUGCCCCGGCUGCGACGGGGCCCCCGCCUUUUGGGCUCGGUUCUACCGGUGACCCCCGGAUGUCCGUCCCCUGGUCGCACUCGGGCCUCCCUACAGUUACUCUCUGCACUGGGCACAUAACCGGGGCUUCCUCCCAAGUUCUUCCGCUGGCUGUUACAGUAGCCGGACACUGGGGAGCGGAUGAGGCCUUGCUUUGUCUAGGAGAAGACCUCGAAGCAGCGGUCGGGGAAAAGCACUGGCCUCUAGAUCCGCCAGGUUGAGGACUUUCGUACAGACCCAGAGAGAAGCGGGAACAAAUUAAGUACUGGCCAGCUUCGAAGACGAAACUACCUUGAUGCCAGCUGGUUGAAGCUAGUGGGCUUUACGGACAAGCGGAAGGUUCCACCGUCGAAUAUAGCCGGCUACUUGAAGGGAGGCGAUGAAUCAGGCUCGACUUGUAAACAGCGUUGCCGUUCGACGGUUUUGGCUGUCAAUCUAAGUUGCUGAUAGUCAUGAGAAAGCCUUAUUCAUGCCAGAUGCUGUGGGCG